AACUGAAUCGAGUAGUUGUCUCUGUCAGGGAAAGUGAAGGAACAGAAACCGAACGACCGGAAUAUUACCAAAAACGGACGCAAUUUUCAUAAAGCCGUAACAUCGCAGCUCUUUGGAGAGGGGGGGCUAGGUGAAAGCGCAGAGAUUAGCAGCUGCCACGCCAAGCAGAUUCGCCAAGUGCCGUGCGUGUCGAUAACGCCCACACAGGUUGUGGCUCACCUAACUGACCAAGUACACGUAGUCUAAACAACGCCAUGGCCUUGCCAUUAAGCGAUCUCCUUAUGUUCGGCAGCGGGGAGAAGAAGUUGGCCGCCUGCGUGGUGCUCCUACUGUUGGAGCUCUUCCUAGAAGGCGCCGAGUCGGUGGCCAGUCCCGCGGACAUCGAGAACCACCUGGAGCUGGGCAAGGACUUUUUGGCUCGCGGGCAGCUGUCGGAUGCCCUUACGCAUUAUCAUGCGGCAGUUGAGGGCGAUCCAAACAACUACCUGACUCUCUUCAAGCGCGGAACCGUCUACCUGGCUUUAGGGAAGACACGCUUUGCCGUACAGGACUUCAGCCGAGUCCUGGAACUGAAACCGGACUUUACGGCUGCGAGGACUCAGCGCGGUGUGGUGCACAUGAAGAGUGGUGAAUACGAACUGGCGAUGCACGACUUCGAGGAAGUACUCCGAGAGGAGCCCAACAACGGACUAGUUCUAGAGCAUUACUCCCGCUUGUCCCCGGCUCAGGAGCAAUGGCAGCUGGUACAACAGUUGGUUAGCCAUCAGGAUCAUCAGAAUGCCAUUGCCAUGAUUACACAGUUGCUGGAGAUCUCGCCAUGGGCUGUGCCAUUCCGACAGGCUCGAUCGGAUGCCUACAUUGCCAUAAAUGACCCAUUGUCAGCCAUUUCCGAUUUGCGACAGGUGAACCGUCUAACCCAGGACAGCACGGAAGGACAUUACAACAUUGCCCAGCUGCUUUACACAAUAGGACACGCCUCGAACGCCUUGAAGGAGAUUCGCGAGUGCCUUAAGUUCGAUCCCGAGCACAAGUUGUGCUUUCCCUUCUACAAAAAGCUACGCAAGGUGGAGAAGCAGUUGGUUAACGCUGAGCAGGCUCGCGAGGAGAAACAAUAUGCUGAGUGCAUCGCUGCCGGUGAGGCAGUGCUUAAGCACGAGCCGGAGGAGACUAUGAUCCGAUAUGAAGGUCACAAGGCGCUCUGCAGCUGCUAUACCGCCGAUGAGCAGUUCGGAAAGGCUCUCCAGCAGUGCAAGGAGGCACUUGACAUUAUGAAGGACGCACAAGUAUACUGUGAUCGAGCCGACGCCCUGCUUGGCACCGAGAUGUACGACGAUGCCAUUCACUCCUUCCAGGCGGCACUAGACUUGGAGGAGAACAAUUCCCGCGCCAAGGAGGGCAUCCAACGAGCCAAGAAGCUACAGAAGCAGUCAGAGCGCCGAGAUUACUACAAAAUCCUGAACGUGAAGCGCAGCGCCACCAAGCAGGAAAUUGUAAAGGCGUACCGCAAGGCCGCGCAAAAAUGGCAUCCAGAUAACUUCCGGGAUGAGGAGAAAAAGGUGGCCGAGAAGAAAUUCAUUGAUAUUGCUGCAGCUAAAGAAGUACUUACCGAUCCCGAGAAGCGGCGACAGUUCGACAAUGGAGAAGAUCCAUUGGAUCCCGAGGGCCAGCGCGGAGGCUUCCACGGAGAACAUCCGUUCGCACACUUCCAGCACGGGUCUCCCUUCCAGUUCAAGUUCCACUUUAAUUAGUCAGCCAGAUACUUGGUCGCCAGCAGCGAUUUGCUUUGUGAUGUUCUAGCAGCGAUCCCCCACUACCCCCCCAAACGAUUUUACACAGUUUGUUUUGUUUAUUGAAUGGCGUGUAAAUAGUAGCAUAAAGCAUAGAGUCCUGGUCCGUUAUCAGGGAGAAAGCGCACCCACAUAAUGAAAUCGCAACAGCACACACUGAGCACUUACAUUUAAUUAGUUUAUUUAAUACAAUACAAUAAUUAUAAUGUAGUACAUUUUUCUAAUUAUGUAUAAAAAGAAAAUUAUGCAAAACAAGCAAUUAAAGACUUGGCAAACUGAACUGAA